CGUCUGCUAGACUUAUAUUGUUGUACGUAUAUGAUCGUGCAGCAGUCUGCUGGCUAAUCGUUGCUGACAGCAGUAGUUGGUAGUCGUGUUCCACAGUGUUUAUUAUACAGACAAUUAUUUUUGCAAUACGCAAAUAGUACGAAAUACGUGUGAUAUUUUACAUGUUUUCCUAUACUUGUCAUUAUCAUCACAACCCAAAACGUGUUGGAGACUUUUUAGAUCAUUUUAGUGUGCAUAAUUGGUUAUAAUAUAAUUAAUAUAUAAUCAUAUAAUUGCAUUAUAACUAAUCAUAUAUUUCUUAAUAGUGAGCAAUAUCAGUUUAAUUCAAUUUUCUCAUUCGCACAAAUAAAUCAUUUAUAUUUAUACGUUCAAGUAUCGCUGAUACUAAUAAUAAUACACAAUGUCUAAAGUUGAAGUAAGUGCAGUUGGUGAUGUUUAUAAUGAUAAUAAAGGGAUAGAGGAAGAAGAAGAUGAUGAUGAAGUGUUUGAAGAUGCUCAAGAUAUUAGUCCUAGCCUGAUAUUAUCACCCCAAGAAUUACGGCCUGAUAACAUUAGUCCUACGUACCGAAUGGACCUGAGAACGGCUAUAAAUGAAGCUAAGACAGCCUCACAUUAUUUCUUUAAUAAUGAAUAUGGUCGAGCAAAAAAAAUACUAGAGCCAUGGGCAGAGAGUAGCAUGUAUCACUCACUAGGAAAUAGUGUUUUCGCAUGUCUCGAAGCUUUUUUAACUUUUGAACAGAAACACAUAGAAAAAGCAUCUGAGGCUCUAAGGAUAUGCAUGAAUGUUUGCUCGAAGAAUCGCCGUCAUAUUACUCUCACACAAAACAUUGGAAAGAUGGUUAAAAAAACAAACUAUAAUACUUAUACUGUCGAGGAAGUACAUGCAGAAUUGUGUUAUGCUGAGUCACUUUUGUUAAAAGCUAUACUGACUUUUGUGGAAGAUGAGACUCUAGUCAGCUUUGUAAAAGCUGGAUUAAAAAUCCGUACCUGCUACCUGAUGUAUAAAGAAUGCUUGCUUAUCCUUAAAUCUCGAAAGUGGGAAAAUGAAACAGAUCGAGUACAUUUUGAGAGUGGAGUACGCAUGGGAAUAGGGACAUUUAAUUUGAUGAUAUCAUUGCUACCAGGUCGUGUUAUAAAAUUGUUAGAAUUUAUUGGAUUUUCUGGCGACAAGAACUUUGGCCUUGAAGAACUGAAAAAAGGAUAUGAAGAUAGAAGAGGUAUUCGGCACGUGUUAUGUGCGAUGACACUCCUUUCAUAUCACCUUAUUACUUCAUUCAUCAUCAGUCUAGAUCGUGAUGGUGAUUUAGAGUGGAGUGAAAAAGCCUUACAAAUUGAAUUACAACACUAUCCAGAUGGUGUAUGGUUUUUAUUUUUCAAAGGAAGAUUAGAAUUUAUUAAAGGCAAUAUUGAAAAGUCUGUAGAAUGGUAUAAAAAAUCAUGGAAGAGUCAAGAUACAUGGCCUCAAUUUCAUCAUCUUUGCUUUUGGGAACUUAUGUGGGCUAAUUGUUGUCAACAAAAAUGGGACGAUGCUCUAUUCUUUUCUAACUGCCUUGUCCAAGAAUCAAACUGGUCCCGAACGAUUUAUUAUUAUCAACAAGCAGCUAUAAUGAUGAUGAAGAAAAUACAUGGUAAUAAAGACGAUGAUAAGAACAAUGAAGACAACAAUUAUGAUGAUAUCAAUAAUUUAAUGCUGAAAGUUCCUGCAUUUAAACAACGAAUAGCUGGUAAAUCAGUACCAAUGGAAAAAUUUGUUGUUAAAAAAUCAGAACGAUACUUUUUACAAAAUCAUAAUUUAAUUCUUCCUAUAUUUGAACUGGAAUUUGUUUGGAAUUUAUUCCGUAUUGUAGGCAAAAGAUCAGAUCUAAUAAUAAAUAUGUUCAAAGUCAUAGAAAAAGAAGAAAAACGUUUAAAAAAUUUCUCAUCAAAUAUUCCAGAAGAUUACCAAACAGAUAAUUUAGCAUUAUUGUUAUUGUUGAAAGGAGCAUGUUUACGACAAAUGAAACAUUAUUUGCAAGCAGAGGACUGUUUGAAUCGAGUUGUGCAACUCGAAAAACAGAUAAAAGAAGAUAUAUAUCUAGUUCCAUACGCUAUUGUUGAAUUGGCGGUAUUGAAUCGUGACAGAGGAAAUAUUCAUAGAGCUGUAACACUCCUAGAAGAUGCUAAGAAAAAUUACACUGGCUAUUCCUUAGAGUCUCGAUUACACUUUAGAAUACACUCAGAAUUAAUGGAGCUGGAAUACCAAAUAAAAUCAGCAGCUAAAGCUGGGAAUAAGGGAUCAAGUAAUAAACAAAUAGAUCUUAUUAAUUCAACAAGUGAAGUUGAAACUGCAACAGAGGCUAUAUUUCAUAAUUAAAUGAAAAAUGUUUUUAAAUUUAUCUAAAAUAAAUUUAUAUUUGGUUAUUUAAUAAAAUAUCCAUAAUAUAUUGAA